AUGGACGCGAGGGACGAGGCGAUGGCGAACCAGUGCCCCGGUGGCAUGUUUGACUGCGACGGCGACAGGCGCGACUACGCAAAAAAGCAGUGGAAGGACUUUCUUGACAGCGGCGGCGUGCCCAAGCGCAUCCGCGACGGCAAGACGGGUGGCCCGCGCGCGUUCUGA